AUGGGGGUCGGCUCGGCUGGGGUCGGGUCGGCUGGGUCGGCCUGGCUGGGGUCUGGCUCGGGUCGGCUGGGGUCGGGUCGGGCCGGCUGGGGUCGGGUCGGCUCGGCCGGCUGGGCCGGGUCGGCUCGGGUCGGCUGGGGCCGGCUCGGCUCGGCUCGGCUAAUGGGCCGGCUGGCUCGGCUGGGGUCGGGUCGGCUCCGGCCUCGGCCGGGGCUCGGGUCUGGCUCGGCUCGGCUGGGGUCGGGUCGGCUCGGCUCGGCUGGGGUCGGGUCGGCUCGGCUCGGCCGGGGGUCGGGUCGGCUCAGUCUGGGGGUCGGGUCGGGCCGGGUCGGCUGGGGUCGGGUCGGGUCAGCUGGGGUUGGGUCGACCUCGGCUGGGCUGGGGGUCGGGUCGGGUUGGCUGGGGUCGGGUCGGUUGCUGGGGUCGGGUCAGGUCGGGUUGGCUGGGUCGGGUCGGUCGGGUGGGGUGGGGUCGGCCUGGCUCGGCUUCGGGCUCGGCUCGGCUCUGGCUGGGGUCGGGUCAGGCUCUGGCUGA